AGUGGCGCGUGAGGAAGGUGACCAGGUAAGCAGCUGUAAACAGGUGUAAACAAACAGGUGUAAACAGGUGUGUUUGCUGCAGGUGGGGCAGCGGCCGCUGGGGUCGGCUCGGCUCGGCGGGGCGGCGCAUCCUGCUACCUGGCGGGGAUCCUGGGCGGCUUCCCUCCCCGCACAGAGUUAGAGAAGUGCUCCGGACUUCCUGGUGCGGGACCAUGGAUACUCGCCGCUGACGCUGCGGGGAGACGAGGGGCUUUCACCCGCCGGCGGCGUGACGCAAGAGGGGUCUCCGAGCUGAGAGCAAGGUCAUGACUGCCCCUCAGGAAGACCCAGCGGAGAUUAGCCUCACCUGUCCUAAGCCCCGCCCCCCACGGGCCUCACGCCGACACGCCCACCAUGACUUCUGAUACGGAGCAGGAUGCGGCGGUGAAACUGGACCAGGAGCGGGCUGACAUCGUCGCCAAAUAUGACAAGGGGAAAGAGGCCACGGUGGAGCCCUGGGAGGACACCAACUUCCGCCUGUACAAAGUCAUCGACCGCUUUGGAUUCGUCCAUGAGGACGAGCUGCCUUCAUACGACUCGCUGGAGGCCAAGCAAAAGCACCUGGAGGUGGAGCGGACCGGCAAGUGGCUGAAGAUGAUCCGGAGCUGGGACAAAUACAAGAACAGCGACAAGCUGGUCCGGAGGAUCUAUAAGGGCGUUCCUCUGCAGCUCCGAGGGGAGGUGUGGUGCUUGCUGCUCGACAUCCCCAAAAUAAAGGAGGAGAAGAAAGACUUCUACGAGAAGCUGAAAGCCCGAGCCAAAUCUGUGUCCCCCGACGUGCGUCAGAUCGACCUGGACGUGAACAGAACCUACAGGGACCACAUCAUGUUCAUGCAUCGCUACGAUGUCAAGCAGCAGGCACUCUUCCAUGUCCUCACAGCUUACUCCAUGUACAACACGGAGGUGGGAUACUGUCAGGGCAUGAGUCAGAUCACGGCUCUGCUGCUCAUCUACAUGAACGAGGAGGACGCCUUCUGGGCUCUGGUCAAGCUGCUGUCGGGCCAGAAGCACGCCAUGCACGGGUUUUUCGUGCCCGGGUUCCCAAAGUUGAUGCGUUUCCAGGAACACCACGACCGCAUCCUGAAGAAGACGAUGCCCAAACUGAAGCAGCAUCUGGACAACCAGGAGGUGUUCACCAGCCUGUACACCAUGAAGUGGUUCUUCCAGUGCUUCCUGGACAGAACGCCCUUCACCCUGACCCUCAGGAUCUGGGACAUCUACAUCUUGGAGGGGGAGCGCGUGCUGCCUGCCAUGUCCUACACCAUCCUCAAGCUGCACAAGAAGCACCUGAUGAAGCUGUCCAUGGAGGAGCUGGUGGAGUUCCUGCAGGCCACGCUGGCCAAAGACUUCUUCUACGAGGACGACUUUGUGAUCGAGCAGCUUCAGGCGUCCAUGACGGAGCUGCGGCGGGCCAAGCUGGAGCUGCCGGCGCCAGGGAACGAUGAAGAGUUUCCCAAGAAGCCGUUGGGGCAGCUUCCUCCAGAAGUCGCAGCGCCGGUGCUGAACCAUGUGGGCAACGGGCAAAGCCACACGGCGCCCGCCGAGCCGAGUACGGCACCAGAACGCCAGCAGGACAGUCGGCCGCCGAGCCGGGCGCGCAGGGACUCUGUGGAGAGACCGCCACGCCACCCCAGGACGGAGAAGCUGGACGCCAUUCCCAGAAGAUCUAAUGAGAUUCUGAGUGAGCAUCAAAGACUGCCUGCUUCCAUCACACCAGAGAGAGGAGCGAGUCCUUCAUCGGGCCCAGCACCCCAGAUCACCGCAGUGGACAGCCGGACUCCUCAGAACCACGCCAUCGCUAACCACAACUCCAACGCAGCCUCCAGCUCCCGCCAGAUUAUUGGUCCCCGCUGGGUCAAACCCUCCGAGACAAAGCUGGAAGCUGCCAAGGCGGCUGCAGCGCGGGCGACGCAGCACAGCCGGGGGCCGUCACCGGCUCCUCUCAGCCCAAACGACGGCGUUCUCACCCAGCGCCGGCCUCGGUCCAGGGGGCCCGUCCCCGGCUCGGAUCGAGGCUCCAACGCCUCCCAGUAUGACAACGUGCCAGGAAUGCCGGAGCAGGAGUUUGAGAUUCUGGAGCUUGAGAAGCCUCCAUCCAGGAUGAGGAUCCCUCACAACGAGACGGCCUUCCUACCAGCACCACAUGAGGGCAGCCCCAGCCGUGGCCCCAGCCAGGCUGCCGGCUUAGCGCCCAGGAUGGCGAAGCAUCUGCUGCCGCCUCAGUUCCCCCACAGUCCACCAGACCUAGCCGGCAGCUACUCUGUCCCUCGGGCUCAGUACAGCAGCCCACCCCAGCAGCACUCUCCAGGGAGAACAACUGAGGUCCCCAUCCUCCACCCAAACUACAGCGUGAGCAUGGACCCCAGAUUCAACUCGCCCUCCGGCACCUCCUACAGGGAACUGUCUUAUGCAACCACCCAUCGGCAGCGCGCCAACCCCUCCCCUGAGAAAGCGCCUCUGAGUAACUCGUACGCCACCUACCGCAGGCAGCCGCCGCCUGGCUCCAACCGCCACCUUCAGGGCAGCAGGCCUCCCCCAGACCAGCUGACACCCCACAGCAGCUCCACCCCCAUCUACCUGCAACAGCUAACCUCAGCCACGCAGAUCCAAACCACCCUGGACUACGCAUUCGAGGGCCACCAGAGAGGGGAGGCGAACCCCCCGCACCCGCCGGGGGGCCGGCCUCAGCCCAUCGUGGAUGGCUUCCCGUGGGCGCUGGACGACGACGGCUCCCUUCAGUCCCCUGGGGGGAUGCAACGCUCGCCCAGCUUCCAGCAGGCCCAGAUGUCUCCGGUUCACCAGUUCACGUUCCCCCCCAGCCCGGACGUUCUGCCUCACUACAGGACACAGCUCCAGCAGCAGCAGCAGCAGCUCCCCCAGCUGUUCGGUGGACCACACUACAGGCACGCGCAGGAGGCGUUUGCCAUGCAGGAGUCCAUGCUGCUGUGAUGCCAGCAUGACUUUAGUCACCAGCACUGGCAGAGAGGAGCAGGACAGGAGGUGCUUCUGCUCCCCAUCCAUGCUGCCAGCAUGACUUUAGUCACCAGCGCUGGCAGAGAGGAGCAGGACAGGAGGUGCUUCUGCUCCCCAUCCAUGCUGCCAGCAUGACUUUAGUCACCAGCGCUGGCAGAGAGGAGCAGGACAGGAGGUGCUUCUGCUCCCCAUCCAUGCUGCCAGCAUGACUUUAGUCACCAGCGCUGGCAGAGAGGAGCAGGACCGGAGGUGCUUCCGCUCCAUCCACAUGUGAAGUACUGAGCUGUAGAGCUGCAUCGAGACGCUCUGAGGUUUCUACUGAUCGCUUUAAAAACAAACUGACUGAAGAUGUUAUUUUAUUUUUGGAUGUAAAUCAUUAACAGAGUAUCUUUUAGAGUCCGAUGAUGUACAGUGGAUUUUUGUUUUAAUCUAAAGUCGGCAGCAGGGAGUGGUCCCCCCUGGGAAAGAAACACCGAUUUAUUUCCCAUCUUUAUUUUUUUAUUGCUUACAUUCAGGUUUUUACAUUUGGAGAUUUAUUGACCGUAAGUUCUAUUAAAUAGACGUCCCGUGUCGCAGAGCAGAACCGGGUAAAAUCAACGACAUGCUGCGUCCACCUGAGUGUUACAGGUCAGCGCUCAUUUUCAUUCCUAAUUAAUGUGCAAUGCAUUUCUCUCACACGAGUAAAGUACUUUCUAAUUGAGACAUUAGGGCCAAAGUAGGGUCUAUUUAACACUUAAACCAUAAAUACAAGAUUACAUGAGGGCUAUAUUAUGAGAAACACCUAAUUAAGUCAACUAAAUUGUUUUGUAGCCAUUAGUCGUACAUUUUAGUUGCUGUACCUCGUAUAGAUCAACAUGUUUCAGAAUAAUUUACUACUUAAUGUUUGGUUUGUAAAACUGAAUGGUUUGACUACUGGACCUUGUACUGACCGUGAUCUGGAGCGCACACUACAUACAACAUGUAAGGCGAGCCUUUCUCAAACCAACUGACCACAUUCCAUGUUUUAUUGCUCAUACUCUGGUUUAGUUGCUUUCAAGCGGCAUUAAACUACUGCUCAUUGCAAUAUCUAAGUUAUAUUUACAUUUUGUUAAACAGCUCAACUGCAUUUCCUUCUAACAUGUUGUUUAAUAAAACCAGGUGGGUAAGAAAAA